GUUUCCGGACAGUCGGUAGCAGCUGAUCCAGUUCCGCUGAAUCAGAGCUUGCAAAUUCGAGACUCUGCGCCUCCUAACGUGGGGUUCUUUGAUCAGGUCAGCGAUGGUACCGAACCAAUCCUGACGAAUUUUCUCGAGCCUAGCAAUCUUGAGAACUCAUGGACCGGACCAAUUUGUUCUACAAUCACUUCAAACUUCAACCCUAAAGUCUCAGGGGUGACUGGAAUUUUCAACUACAACAUCCAAGGAACCCACAAGAUCGCAGAGAGUCUUGACCACAAGAACCGAUUUUUGAACCUACUCGUCACUUUCACUGGAACCGAUCCAACUUUGCUUCCAGAAUAUGACAUCGCCGCCUUAUGAAAAGCUAUGUAUCAAGCAGCUCAGAGUUCCCAUUCGCUAAAGUACGGAGCUUUUAAUCUCAAGACUGUGAACGCGGUUAUGAAUAUUCAUAAGUUGGAGGUCUUGCCCACAGAAACAGCCGGGCAAGUGGCCACCCAAACUGCUGACCCCACAUCCCUCAAGCAACGCAGUAAUUUUGGGAUGCCCAUCGGCAUAUUCAAUAUUCAAAUCGGCGAUCAGGCCAAAGGUGUAUCGCUGUUUAAUGCAAAUGGACUACCUGCGCCGUAGUUCUGGGUUUGAAAGAAAUCAUUGCCACUGGCUUCUGAGGAGAUGGAUGGGACAGGGAUCAAGACUUGAAGCCUGGGAGCUUCGGACCUUUCAUUAAGUUUGUUGCGUCUUGCUUUCGAGAUGUAUCGUUACAACUGGU